AAAUCUGAAAAAUGAAGUGUAAGGGGGGAUGGAAAUGUCCUCUUUUAAGCGCUAAUACGCCAGCGGCAGCACUCCCAAGUUCCUGAGGGUGUGUGAAACAGGUGAAAGUAUUUCCUUUAUGGUCCCUGUUGCGAUACCUGCCGUCUGCUUCCAGAGAUACCCUUGCUGGCAUUUUUCUGUUUGCUUUUGCUUCCUCCAACGGAUCGAAUGAGUCGAGUCUGUAUUGUUGUUUUGGAGGAGGAGGAAGAUGAUUCUCCCACAUUUAUUUCCAAAUUACCUCAGGAAAAUGUAUGUUUAUGUCCGUCGCCCUCUGGAAACGUGCUGCCACCAUUGGUUCAAGCUAUAUUUAAUGGAGAUCCUGACGAAGUUCGAGCACUGAUAUUUAAGAAAGAAGAUGUUAAUUUUCAGGAUAAUGAGAAAAGGACCCCUUUACAUGCUGCUGCCUAUCUGGGAGAUGCAGAAAUUAUUGAACUACUUAUUUUAUCUGGAGCUAGAGUUAAUGCCAAAGACAGCAAAUGGUUGACUCCUUUACACAGAGCUGUGGCAUCUUGUAGUGAGGAUGCUGUUCAGGUGUUGUUAAAGCAUUCAGCGGAUGUCAAUGCUCGUGACAAAAACUGGCAGACACCCCUACAUAUAGCAGCUGCAAACAAAGCUGUGAAAUGUGCUGAAGCUUUGGUGCCUCUCCUCAGCAACGUGAACGUGUCUGACCGAGCGGGCAGAACUGCAUUGCAUCAUGCAGCCUUCAGCGGACACGUUGAGAUGGUCAGCUUACUGUUGUCUAGAGGAGCCAAUAUUAAUGCAUUUGACAAGAAGGACAGGCGAGCUAUACAUUGGGCAGCAUAUAUGGGUCAUAUUGAAGUUGUGAAAUUACUCGUGGCACACGGAGCUGAAGUGACAUGCAAGGACAAGAAAUCGUAUACACCCUUACAUGCUGCAGCAUCUAGUGGGAUGAUCAGCGUAGUCAAAUAUCUUCUAGAUCUUGGAGUUGAUAUGAACGAGCCAAACGCCUAUGGGAACACUCCCCUCCAUGUAGCUUGCUACAACGGGCAAGAUGUUGUAGUCAACGAACUCAUAGACUGCGGUGCUAACGUAAAUCAAAUGAAUGAGAAGGGGUUUACACCUUUGCACUUCGCCGCUGCAUCGACACAUGGAGCCUUGUGCUUAGAGCUUUUGGUCUGUAACGGAGCAGAUGUAAAUAUGAAGAGUAAAGACGGGAAAACACCUUUGCACAUGACAGCGAUCCAUGGUAGAUUUUCAAGAUCUCAAACCAUCAUUCAAAAUGGAGCUGAAAUAGACUGUGAAGAUAAGAAUGGAAAUACUCCUUUGCACAUAGCAGCUAGAUAUGGCCAUGAGCUAUUAAUCAACACUCUGAUUACGAGUGGUGCUGACACUGCAAAGCGGGGUAUACAUGGGAUGUUUCCUCUCCAUUUGGCAGCAUUAAGUGGAUUUUCAGACUGCUGCAGAAAGCUCCUCUCAUCAGGUUUUGACAUAGACACACCAGAUGACUUUGGCAGGACUUGUCUUCAUGCAGCUGCAGCUGGAGGGAAUUUGGAGUGCCUAAAUCUUCUGCUAAAUACUGGUGCAGACUUCAACAAAAAGGACAGAUUUGGGAGAACUCCACUCCAUUAUGCUGCUGCCAAUUGUAAUUAUCAGUGCCUGUUUGCCCUUGUGGGAUCUGGAGCUAGUGUGAAUGACCUCGAUGAGAGGGGUUGCACACCCCUGCACUAUGCAGCUGCAUCAGACACAGACGGAAAGUGCCUGGAAUACUUGCUAAGAAACGAUGCCAAUCCGGGGAUCCGGGACAAACAAGGAUACAACGCCGUGCAUUAUUCAGCUGCUUAUGGCCAUCGCUUGUGUCUUGAACUGAUUGCAAGCGAAACGCCUCUAGAUGUUCUAAUGGAAACAUCAGGUACUGACAUGCUGAAUGAUUCGGACAACAGAGCACCUAUAAGUCCACUGCAUUUAGCUGCCUAUCACGGCCACCAUCAAGCUCUGGAAGUGCUGGUACAGUCACUGCUGGACCUUGAUGUGAGGAAUAAUAACGGAAGGACGCCACUGGAUCUAGCUGCCUUCAAGGGACACGUGGAAUGUGUAGAUGUGCUCAUUAAUCAGGGAGCAUCAAUCUUGGUGAAAGAUUAUGUUGUAAAGAGGACCCCGAUCCAUGCUGCAGCUACGAAUGGUCACUCAGAAUGUUUGCGGCUAUUGAUAGGAAAUGCAGAACCACAGAAUGCAGUGGACAUUCAGGAUGGAAAUGGACAGACUCCUUUGAUGCUGUCAGUUCUCAAUGGGCACACCGACUGCGUUUAUUCACUCCUUAACAAAGGAGCAAAUGUAGAUGCCAAAGAUAAGUGGGGAAGGACGGCAUUGCACAGAGGGGCAGUGACGGGGCAUGAGGAAUGUGUGGAAGCGUUGCUUCAACAUGGUGCUAAGUCCUUACUGAGAGACUGUAGGGGACGAACCCCUAUACACUUGUCAGCUGCAUGUGGACAUAUAGGUGUUCUUGGGGCUCUCCUGCAGUCAGCUACGUCUGUGGAUGCAGUACCCGCCAUAGCAGACAAUCACGGCUACACCUCACUGCAUUGGGCCUGCUAUAAUGGUCAUGACAGUUGUGUAGAGCUCCUCCUUGAACAGGAAGUUUUCCAGAAAAUGGAAGGAAACUCUUUCAGUCCGUUGCAUUGUGCAGUGAUAAACGACAAUGAAGGUGCUGCAGAAAUGUUAAUUGAUACCUUAGGUGCUGGUAUUGUAAAUUCAACAGAUUCAAAAGGAAGAACUCCUCUUCAUGCAGCAGCUUUUACAGAUCACAUUGAGUGUCUACAGCUUCUGCUCAGUCACAACGCUCAAGUGAACGCUGUAGAUUCUUCUGGGAAAACACCUUUAAUGAUGGCUGCAGAGAAUGGACAGACGAAUACAGUUGAGGUGCUGGUUAGCAGUGCUAAAGCUGAUCUGACUUUGCAAGACAGUUCUAAGAACACAGCACUCCAUUUGGCUUGCAGCAAGGGUCAUGAAACUAGUGCCUUGUUAAUACUGGAGAAGAUUACGGAUAGAAACCUCAUCAAUGCCACCAAUGCAGCCUUGCAAACACCUCUGCAUGUUGCUGCUCGGAACGGACUAACGGUUGUAGUUCAAGAGCUUUUAGGGAAAGGAGCAAGUGUACUUGCUGUAGAUGAAAAUGGUUACACACCAGCUUUGGCCUGUGCGCCCAACAAGGACGUGGCUGAUUGCCUGGCUCUCAUCCUGGCCACGAUGAUGCCUGUUUCGUCGAGCAGCACGUUACCUUCCCUUACGUUCAAUGCCAUUAAUCAUUACACCAACACCUCAAAAACUGUCACCUUCGAUUCCUUGCCAAUCAUGAGGAGUGACCAUAGCUCCUACUGUACUUUCAACAACAUUGGCAGGGAAGGUGGGUACCCAUAUACAGAAGAAGAUGAACUCAAUGACUCAGAUUCUGAGACCUAUUAGAAGCUACGUUUUGUGGGUCUGAAGAGAGAACCCUCGCGCUGGAAGGUCAGACUCGUGCUUUUGAAAAAAAGCUGCUGGUGUUUGAAUACAAAAAGAGGACAGACCUUUGAGAAGAUGUUUUUUAUUGUGGUUGCAUAUUAAAAAAAAAAAAUCUGUGAGACUCUAGGAGAAUUUUUAAGAGCAUAUUUUGCAGAAGAAGCAUAAAUUCUUGAAUAAGUACUUGGAAUCCAUGGCAAAAAAGAAAAAAA